AUGAGCACCAUGCACCUGCUGACAUUCGCCCUGCUUUUUUCCUGCUCCUUCGCCCGCGCCGCCUGCGACCCCAAGAUCGUCAACAUCGGCGCGGUGCUGAGCACGCGCAAGCACGAGCAGAUGUUCCGCGAGGCCGUGAACCAGGCCAAUAAGCGACACGGCUCUUGGAAGAUACAGCUCAAUGCCACCUCUGUCACCCACAAGCCCAACGCCAUACAGAUGGCCCUGUCAGUGUGUGAGGACCUCAUCUCCAGCCAGGUCUACGCAAUCCUAGUUAGCCACCCACCUACCCCCAACGACCACUUCACCCCCACUCCCGUCUCCUACACAGCUGGUUUCUACAGAAUCCCCGUUCUGGGAUUGACGACCCGAAUGUCCAUCUACUCUGACAAGAGCAUCCACCUGAGCUUCCUACGGACGGUGCCGCCCUACUCCCACCAGUCCAGCGUCUGGUUUGAGAUGAUGCGCGUGUACAACUGGAAUCACAUCAUCCUGCUGGUCAGCGACGACCACGAGGGCCGGGCGGCGCAGAAGCGCCUGGAGACAUUGCUGGAGGAGCGCGAGUCCAAGAGUAAAAAAAGGAACUAUGAAAACCUCGACCAACUGUCCUAUGACAACAAGCGCGGACCCAAGGCCGAGAAGGUGCUGCAGUUCGACCCGGGAACCAAGAACGUGACGGCUCUGCUGAUGGAGGCCCGGGAACUGGAAGCCAGGGUCAUCAUCCUAUCUGCGAGCGAGGACGACGCUGCCACCGUGUACCGCGCAGCCGCGAUGCUGAACAUGACGGGCUCUGGGUACGUGUGGCUGGUGGGGGAGCGCGAGAUCUCGGGGAACGCCCUGCGUUACGCCCCAGACGGCAUCAUCGGACUGCAGCUCAUUAACGGCAAGAACGAGUCGGCCCAUAUCAGCGACGCCGUGGGCGUGGUAGCGCAGGCAGUCCACGAGCUGCUAGAGAAGGAGAACAUCACCGACCCGCCGCGGGGUUGCGUGGGCAACACCAACAUCUGGAAGACAGGACCACUGUUCAAGAGGGUACUGAUGUCUUCCAAGUACGCGGAUGGAGUGACUGGCCGUGUGGAAUUCAAUGAGGAUGGGGACCGAAAGUUUGCCAACUAUAGCAUCAUGAACCUGCAGAACCGAAAGCUGGUGCAAGUGGGCAUCUACAACGGCACCCAUGUCAUCCCAAAUGACAGGAAGAUCAUCUGGCCCGGGGGAGAGACAGAGAAGCCUCGAGGGUACCAGAUGUCCACGAGAUUAAAGAUAGUGACAAUCCACCAAGAGCCCUUUGUGUACGUCAAACCCACACUGAGUGAUGGGACAUGCAAGGAAGAAUUCACGGUUAACGGUGACCCAGUCAAGAAGGUGAUCUGCACAGGGCCCAAUGACACCUCGCCAGGCAGCCCACGCCACACGGUGCCUCAGUGCUGCUAUGGCUUCUGCAUUGACCUGCUCAUCAAGUUGGCACGGACCAUGAACUUUACCUACGAGGUCCACCUGGUGGCAGAUGGCAAGUUUGGCACACAGGAGCGGGUAAACAACAGCAACAAAAAGGAGUGGAAUGGGAUGAUGGGAGAGCUGCUCAGUGGUCAAGCAGACAUGAUUGUGGCACCUCUGACCAUCAACAAUGAGCGUGCUCAGUACAUAGAGUUCUCCAAGCCCUUCAAGUACCAGGGCCUGACCAUUCUGGUCAAGAAGGAGAUUCCCCGGAGCACGCUGGACUCGUUCAUGCAGCCCUUCCAGAGCACGCUGUGGUUGCUAGUGGGGCUGUCGGUGCACGUGGUGGCCGUAAUGCUCUAUCUGCUGGACCGCUUCAGUCCAUUUGGCCGGUUCAAGGUGAACAGUGAGGAGGAAGAGGAAGAUGCGCUGACCCUGUCCUCCGCCAUGUGGUUCUCCUGGGGUGUCCUGCUUAACUCUGGCAUCGGGGAAGGUGCUCCCCGGAGCUUCUCUGCACGGAUCCUAGGCAUGGUGUGGGCUGGUUUUGCCAUGAUCAUCGUGGCUUCCUAUACUGCCAACCUGGCAGCCUUCCUGGUGCUGGAUCGGCCUGAGGAGCGUAUCACAGGCAUCAAUGACCCCAGGCUCAGAAACCCCUCGGACAAGUUCAUCUAUGCGACUGUGAAGCAGAGUUCCGUGGACAUCUACUUCCGGAGGCAGGUGGAGCUGAGUACCAUGUAUCGGCACAUGGAGAAACACAACUACGAGAGCGCAGCCGAGGCCAUCCAGGCUGUGCGGGACAACAAGCUCCAUGCCUUCAUCUGGGACUCAGCGGUGCUGGAGUUCGAGGCGUCACAGAAAUGUGACCUGGUGACUACGGGUGAGCUGUUCUUCCGCUCAGGCUUCGGCAUCGGCAUGCGCAAGGACAGCCCCUGGAAGCAGAAUGUUUCCCUGUCCAUACUCAAGUCCCAUGAGAAUGGCUUCAUGGAAGAUCUGGAUAAGACAUGGGUUCGGUAUCAGGAAUGUGACUCCCGCAGCAAUGCUCCUGCGACUCUCACUUUUGAGAACAUGGCAGGGGUCUUUAUGCUGGUGGCUGGAGGCAUCGUGGCUGGGAUCUUCCUGAUCUUCAUCGAGAUCGCCUACAAAAGACACAAGGAUGCGCGUAGGAAGCAGAUGCAGCUGGCUUUUGCAGCAGUGAACGUGUGGAGGAAGAACCUGCAGGAUAGAAAGAGUGGUAGAGCAGAGCCCGACCCUAAAAAGAAAGCCACAUUUAGGGCUAUCACCUCCACCCUGGCCUCCAGCUUCAAGAGACGUAGGUCCUCCAAAGACACGCAGUACCAUCCCACUGAUAUCACGGGCCCGCUCAACCUCUCAGAUCCCUCGGUCAGCACCGUGGUGUGAGGCCCCCGGAGGCGCCCACCUGCCCAGUUAGCCCGGCCAAGGACACUGAUGAGUCCUGCUGCUCGGGAAGGCCU